UUGAAUGCAUCUGGCGCGGUUAAAUGACGUCCCAUAUGCGCCACAUAAAACACAUGUGGGACAGUUGCAGAGGUGAACAGCUCGUUUAGUUUGUUUUCGUGGUGUGUCUGACUUGCGUGGUUGGAUACCAGGGCGAUGAAGUACCUUUAAACUGAUUGGUUUCUGGUGAAAAGCGAAGAACUGCGACCUCCUUGUUAAAUGCAGCCGGUUAGCUCUCUGCAAAGAGCAGCCACCAAGCUAACAUCAACAGCUAGUUGACAGGGCAGCAUUAGUAAGCAGACAGCAGUCACCCCUGCUCCUCACAGAUGGCUGAUGAUAGUGUGAAAGGUGAGGCUCCAGCCCAGCAGCAGAAUGAUAGUGGAGAUGAUAAGAAGACUGUGAGCAGUAAUGGAGAAGCUACAGCAGACAACCAAACUCUGUCCAAAAGGCAAAGGAAGAAGCUUCUGAAGCAGCAGAAAUGGGAAGAGGAGAGGGAGCUACGAAAGCAGAGACGAAAGGAGAGGAAGCAGCAGCGUCGCCUGCAGAGGCAGAAUCAUCAGGAGGAGGAGGGGGGAGACGCCCAGAGUGCCAGGAAACAUCCACGCAGGGAGGUGAUGCCCAGCUCUAUGAGGCUGGUGGUGGACUGCAGCUUCGACAACCUCAUGCUGAUCAAGGAUGUCCGGAAGCUUCACAAACAGAUCCAGCGGUGCUAUGCUGAGAACAGGCGAGCUGUACACCCAGUACAGUUUUAUCUAACAAGUCUGGGUGGACAGCUGAAACAGAGCAUGGAUGAAAAGGACAAAGGAUGGAUAAACUGGAAGGACAUUACCAUUAAAACUGAGCACUACAGUGAGGUUGUGGCUAAGGAAGAUCUGGUGUACCUGACAUCAGACUCUCCCAAUGUGCUGGAGCAGCUGGACCAAAAAAAAGCUUAUGUGAUCGGAGGCCUGGUGGACCACAACCAUCAUAAGGGGAUUACCUUUGAGAGGGCCAAGGAGCUGGGGAUUGAUCACGCCCAGCUUCCUCUGAGCAGCUUUGUUAAGAUGAACAGUCGGAAGGUUCUGGCAGUCAACCAUGUGUUUGAGAUCAUCUUAGCGUAUCUGGAGAAGGGCAGCUGGCAGGAGGCCUUCUUCACCAUCCUGCCUCAGAGGAAAGGAGCUGUGGCUGUUGACCAGGACGGAACAACCAUUCAGGAAAAAGAGGAGGAAGAUUCAGACUCCGACUCUGACAUACCAGAGCAAGCCGAGACAAGAACCUAACACUUUGCCCAAAUGGACAACUCCAAACAAAAUUCUAACGUUUAAUACUACGGGAACGAAGAAAAUGGGAGAAUGGAAUUUUUUGGAUUUACUGAUGCUAAGGCUAUAUUUGAAAGUUUAUGUUUCUGUCUUUAAAAUUUCAAAAUGCUUUUUGUUUUUUACUAGAUAUUUAUUGACAUUUUUACUUUGUGCCGAUUUAAUUGCUCACCUAAGUUGGACUGCUGAUAUAAAUGGAAAAUUUCA